GCGCGCCGCCGGCGCUUGCAGGACAUCUGGGUUGUGGUGGAGGAUUGUCAUCUACAGUGACGGGUUUCUUUUGUGGCCCCGCGUGGUUCGGCUUCAAUUUCCCACCUAUCGAGUAACAUUCUGCACUGCGAGUCUACGAGGUCUCUCCCAUGAUAAGGGCCUACAUCAGGGCCAGUGACUGUUUCCUCCCGCCACUACAGUGCUAAGGAGAAACAAUGCCUUUGGGUAGUCUGCUUGGCCUGCUGAGGCACUGUGGUGUGAGGGCAGCCUUCCCUGCACCCUGCCACCUACACACAUCUCCUUGGAGAGCUGACUGCAGCAGGGCGUCACUCACUCGACUGCGUCGCCAGGCCUAUGCUCGCCUCUACCCUGUGCUGUUGGUCAAGCAGGACGGCUCCACUAUCCAUAUCCGGUACCGGGAGCCACGACGCAUGCUGGCGAUGCCCCUAGACCUGGAUGCCCUAUCUCCAGAAGAGCGCCGGGCCCGGUUCCGAAAGCGUGAGGCUCAGCUCCAGCAGAAGAGGGAAGAAGAACCAGAAAUGGUUGACAGUUUUGACACUGAACGAUACAAACGAUUUUGGACCAAGACCAAGAAGUAACUCUGUCAGGGAGUUCCACCCGGGAUAUUUUGUGAGGAUGGAGGGACAUCUGUCUGUUUACCAUACAUUCUUGAAAUCAUGACAUUCUGUCAUUGUCUUCUUUGAUGUGGAAGCCUAGUCCUGGGACUCAUACUUUCUGAGAAGUAUGUGCCAGAGCAAAGCCAGAUUGAAAGGCUUUGCUUUGGAGGUUUUCUUGGGUCAGACCUGUGGGGUUUUUGAUUAUUUGUUGGGGUUUUGUUUUUGUUUUGUGAGACACAGUCUUACUCUGGUUGGUCUAGAACUCAAUAUGUAAACCAGGCCUGACUCUCCCUCCUGAGAGCUGGGUUUAAAGGUAUGUGGCUUCAUA